AACACGAGGGCUGACGCACACACCCUCCCAGCCAUGUCGUUACUCGCAUCAGAAACCCAUGCCAAGGUCGCAGCAGUUCAGAGCUCUUUGCAGUCAGUCGAGAAGCAUUUGGCUCCUUUGCUGGCGAAAAACUCCAAAGAGGUCUCUCGGCAGCUGGAGGCUUUGGAAAACGCGGAGCUACAGGUCAGCUUGGCGUACGCGGCAGCGUCGCUGUACUUCUGUCACUUGCUGACACAAGGAGAGAGAAAGACAGCGGUUCGGUCAAAGCCACUGGAAUUGGAUCGGAUCCAAGUUUACUUCAAAAAGGUGCGAACGACCGCAGAAGGAGCAGCUGAAAAGGAGAUGUCCCGCGAUCGACUUCGCGUGGACGUGGAUGCAGCCAAGCGAAUUGUUCACCACUUCGCGCAUGCUGCAGAGGCAUCAGCCCAAAGACAUGUGGAGACGGUGGCGGCCAAGGAGACCAAAGAAGCCCCACAGGCUGCGGUCCAAGAGACGAAAGUGGCCAAGACGAGCUCGCCGAAAGCCAAGUCUUCGCCGAAAGCCAAGUCUUCGCCGAAAGCCAAGCCUUCGCCGAAAGUCAAGCCUUCGCCGAAAGCCAAGACUUAUUCGGCAAAAGCAUCCAGCGAGGCACAGGCAAAGUCAGCUCCGAAGGUACGCAAGAAGACCAAGACGAAGGCUCCGGCUAGCUGAAGGAGCUGGAGAUGCGCCCGCGCCGCGGG